AUGGCUUUUGAGCUCGAACCUUGGGUUCAGGUCGUCCGUGGCUGCUGCGGUGCCACUGUUCUUGUCAUAGCCAUAACCCCAAACACCGUACUCAAGGUUUUCGGUAUAGGUCGCACCAUACCCAGUUACGGCCAACACAAGCUGUUUUCACUUUUUGUGGCUUUAUCUCUUAUUUAUGCGGUCGCUUUCGCUGGGCUCGUUGCUGAGGCUGUAGCCCGUAACUCCCUCCCAAGCUUUCUUGCCUCCAUCUCCGAAACUGCUCUCGUCCUUGCCACGUUUAUAAACACAGAGCGGCUGAGCGGCAGCGAGGAUAAAAGUCCAAUUCAUCUGGUCCGAGCUACGUCCUGGUGUUUUCUCUGCGCGGUCGAGCUCUUCAUCGUCGCUUGGAUAAGCCUACCAGGGAGCCAAACGAGCCCCUCUUUUGCCUUACGGGUCAGCGCCGCAAUUAAUAUUUGUAAAUUGGCCACGUGCAUAAUUUUCCUGGUGCACAUUUUGCCAAUGAUCCUCGAAAAUCACAGAGCUGCAUCCGAGCCCGACCCAAGUUCCCCUUUUUACGCCAGCAGUAACCCAGACGACAUUCUGGGCCUACAAACGCACAUAACACAAGAAGUGGAAAUGGUUGGAGGGUGGUGGCCUUUUUUAAAACAGUUCGGCGUUUUUUUCAAGUACAUGUUGCCCGUGGGCAAACCACUACAGCUGUUCUAUUUUCUCGCUGCGUUCCUAUUAAUGCUGACGCAUGAAGUUGCCGAAUUGCGCGAGCAACUCGCCUUCGCCUCCAUUUUGGACGCGGCUACGGCAGGCUUGGAGCUAAAAACGUCACUUAAAAAAGCCUUGACACUUCGGGCCGUAAAUAUCGCACUAUGUUAUAUUUACGAGUUUGUUAGGGCCCGAGCAGGCCUGCAUAGGGCCGAGACCUUUGCCACGGGCGUUCACGCUAAAAUACUAUCCAUGGACCCCACGUUCCAUUCGCUCACCAACCCCACGGUUUUGACUAUGGCCGCCGACGACUCUAGGGAUUUUGCUAACAUGCUUGAUACGAUAAUCUUUUCUCAUUUUACAAAUAUAAUCGGCAUCGCGAUAGCCGCGAUCAAGCUCGUUAGCUUACAUGGGCCAUUUCUGCUUAUUAUUUUAUCCUACCAAAUCACUUUCACUUGCGCCGUCAAUCAUAAAGGGGUACAAAAGCGUGCGAAAGCGCAUGCAAACGUCCACAAGUCCAAGACCAACCAAGAACGUCGUCGUCAGGACGGUCUUCGCGGAUGGACCACUUUAUUUAAUAACAACCUAAUUGAGCACGAAAUCGUCAGCUUUUGCGGGCUCGCCGCUGGAUAUUCGUUUAUAAUUUACCAAAAUGGCCAUGGGACUGCCACCGUUGGCGACCUAAUGCUUUUCACAUCGGUCUGGGCGGCUUUGUGGAUGCGAAUCGGUGAUCUAACGCGCACAGUCCCAGAGCUUGUCGAUGCCUUGUUGGACGCAGCACCACUGCGUCGAGUUUUGGAGAGGGGCUCGGCCCUUCAGACUAGCGGCGCAGAGCUCCGAUGCAGAGAGGGGAGUCUGAAGCUCUGCGACGUAUCUUUUGCGUACCCGGGCAGGGAGAAAACGGUCGUAGACCACCUGAGCUUAUCGAUUGAGCCCGGGACCAAAGUCUCCCUGAUCGGGCCGAGCGGGACCGGCAAAUCAACCUUGUUGAAACUUUGCAUGCGAUAUUUAACGCCCAGUAAUGGUGUCAUUUUAAUUGACGGCCAGGACAUUAGCAAAAUUCCACGAAUCUGUUGGUAUAAUUCCUCAAAUUCCUUAUAUGUAUAA